UCAUUAGUUAGUAGCCUAAACUUAGAGAAAGCGCAUCUCGUCACGGCUCCUCCUCCGUGAUCCAAACUAACCACCUUUCAGAAUUGGGUGACGCGCGCGCUUAGGUGGUAACUGUAACGUUAUUGUCUGAAUAUGAAGCUUGGGCAAAACAGACUAAACUGACAAAACCGAACCGGAAGGUCUGCCUUUAACAUUGCAACGCACAUAGGACAUACGGUUUUUGAACUUGCUGAACAGUUUGUCAAAUUUGAAAGGAGUGCGGAACACGUGGCAGUCUAUGUAAAACGGACAGAGCGCAGCCCUGGCGCUUCCACACGCGCAGACUGACAAGCUGAGUUGAAUCCCGGCGACGUCUCACGGACUCAGCGUAGUCGACGGUUAUUGCUGACGCACAGAGACUUGCGGCUUUUAGUCCUGAAAUAGUCAACGAUACUUUAUUUGUGAUUGUAAAGUGGACGAUGGAGAACACAGUGCACGCCGCUCUUCACGCGCUGUUGCUCCUCAGCCUGGUUUCGCGGGUUACAGGCCAGGACCCCAGUGUGGCUCCCCAGAAAGAGCACCGUGUCCUGGGGAGACCCCAUGCUGACAGCUCCCCCUCUGGAGGGUCCCUCUCUCCCUUUAAGGGGCUCAACAACACAAAUACCACCAGUAACACCAGCAGUAACAUCACCAGCAUCACCAGUAACACCACCAGUAUCACCAGCAGUAACAUAACCAGCAUCACCAGUAACACCACCAGUAUCACCAGUAACAUCACCAACAACAUCGCCAACACCAGCACCAUGGCAACAGUGGAGCCCCCCCUCCCCCCAAAGGAGGACCGUAACACCCCAGGUGUGAUGACCCUUGCCCCCCCUCCCUCCCCAGAGGGGGGGCUCUCGGGAACAGAUGAAUUAGAGAAAACCUCCACACCUGUUAACCGUACAGCCCACACCCCCCACAGCCCCACACCUGCACCCCACACUGUCACCACACACACACGCCCCACACCUGCACCCCACACUGUCACCACACACACACACCCCACACCUGCACCCCACACUGUCACCACACACACACGCCCCACACCUGCACCCCACACUGUCACCACACACACACACCCCAGCCCCCCGCCUCACCCUCCUAAAAAACAUUCAACCACAUCCUCCCCCAGCCUGGCCACCCCUCCCCCCACCUCCCCCCAGGACCUCCCGCCCUCCGCCCUCCAGACCUCCAGCCCAGAGCAGUCUGCCCACCCCCCCAGCAGCAGCCCCCCAGCCCAGGCCAAGACCCAGGACGACAGCCCCCCUCAGCUCAACGUAGGGGAUGCGGAGGCUGACCCGGUAAGCUCCGCCCCCAGUCUGGACCCCCUGCUGGCUGGCCUGGUCGCAGCCUUCAUCAUCACCGCCAUCAUCAUCACCCUCCUCGUCUUCAUCAAGCUGCGGCGCCGUGACAACCGGCCAGAGUUCCGCCGGCUGCAGGACCUCCCCAUGGAUGAUAUGAUGGAGGACUCACCUCUGUACAGCUACUGACCUGGAACUCUGCACCUCCUGGUGCUCUCUGCUGGACUGAGUCAGGGCGACCCUGCCUCCUCUCUGCUCUUCACCUCUCCCCUCCUCUCCUCUCUCAUGUGCAACUCGUAUACGAGACCAGGACAAGGAGACCAGGAGAGACCAGAGAGGGACGGAGACCAGGAGAGAAGACACCAGGAGAGAGGAGAGACCAGGAGGUAGAGACCAGGACUGGACUGAGUGGUGUCUGGUCUGAGUUAUAGUAUAGAUGCACUUUACGUUGUAUUGGUUAUUUGUGUGUGUGAGAGAAAGCGUGUGUGAGUGAAAUAGAGCGUGUGUGUUUGCGUGAUGAUUAUCAUUGUGUUUCCAUGUAAACAAAAAACAUUCUGAAGAUCCUGCUGUUACAUUCGUUCUGCUAGUUACAGGAUGUGCUGUGUGGAGGGCUCCAACACACACACAGGCCCAGGUGCAUGCUGGGACAGGCUAACGGUCUCUGCUUUCCUGCCCUCCCCAAGCUUGUCUCUUACAGCGCUGCCAAUGCUGCCAGACUGUUACUUAACGCUUUCAUGAGCAGAAUGUGCCAUUGAUCAUGCGGUGUUCUUGUGUGGAAGCAUGUGCCAGCCCAGUUCAUUCAGAGCUGUGUGUGUGAGAGAGAGAGUGUGUGUGUGAGAGUGUGUGUGUAUUUUAGAGACAACAGGAACAAGCCAACCCUAUUCUCCAUCCUCCUUCUCAAAAGGGACUAGAACAAUAGCAUCUAGGAGACUAGAGCCCAAUUGUGACGUUUUGUAUCGGUUUUACUGCUGUGUUUGAUUUUUUUAUUUUAAUAAAAAUAUUUAGAAUUGUUUGGA